AUGACCCGAAAGUUGCUGCAAACUCUCUGCAAUGGCGACAAGCUCCACAUGCGUCAGACGAAUGAUGGUAGCAUCCGGGCUGGGGACUACUUCUCAGGUGGCAAUGUGGGUGAGGCUCCUCGAAAAACGGCAGGGGAGUUGUUCGCCAGGCUCAAUGUUAGCCAAAAAUGGAAAUGA